UGUGUACUAGCCGUUAUACCACUUUCUCCAGCUCAACAGCUUCAUCUCUUUCUAAACCUUGAUUCACUCUGAUAUCGGAGUCAUUACCGUAAACCAACCUCUUUCCCCCUUCCACACCCAGCACAUCCAACCAUGACAGCAGACGACUCCAAUGCGGCGACCGCAAAGUAUGGAGGCGAAGGCGAAAGCUCGCCUCCGGUCGUACGCAUGAUGGUCCUCGAGACGGAUGAGCCGCAUCCCAAAUCACAAGAGAGGAAGGGGACGUACGGAGAGAACCUCCACCGCCACUUCAAGGCCGCUGGCGACGAGCACAAGCCGCGCCUUGGCAUCGAGACCGACAUUCGGUUCGUCGUGGCCGACAAGGGAGGCGAGGUACCCAAGGCGUCCGAGUUUGAAGGGUUCCAUGCCGUGCUGCUGACGGGCAGCAUGUACGACGCGCAUGGCGACAACGACUGGAUCAAGGACCUGAUGACUUUGCUGAAGGAGCUCUGGGAGACCAGGCCCGACAUGCGCUUUUCGGGCAUCUGCUUUGGCCACCAGCUACUGUGCCGCCUGCUCGGGUCCGAGGUCAGGCCGUCCCCGUCCCAGGACUGGGAGCUCGGCCACUCGCAGAUCAACCUGACUGCCGUGGGGCAGCGUCUCUUCCAGACCGAAGACCAGGCUGUGUAUCUGCACCAGAUGCACCAGGACCACGUGGUGGCGCCGCCGUCGCACUCGAGCGCCAACGGCCUGUUGGCCGAGAAUGUCAAAGUCGCCGUCUGGGGCAGCAGCCCCCACACCGAGGUCCAGGGCGUCUACAUCCCGCGCCGCAUGUUCACCGUGCAGGCGCACCUCGCCUUUGAUGAGCAUAUGGUGAAGCGUGAGAUGGAGAUGCGGAUUGAGCAGGGCGCCAUAGAGGGCAAAGACCGGGAGACGGCCGAGCGGGCGGCCGAGACGGCCCACCUGGACCACGAUGGCGAUGUUGUUGCCGCCGCCAUCCUAAGGUUUUUCCAUGGUGAUGAUGACGACGAUUAUGACAACAAAUAAGAUGUCAAUCUCCAUGUGAAGGUGGUUCAAGUUGAAUGAGUCGUCAACAUAAUUAGGUAGGCACACUUUUUGGAAGAAGUAGCGGCACCUAUGUAGAAAUAGGGUGUAUAGUGUGUGUUGUCUUGAAAGUCAUCUCAUCAUCAACACAUGGGUAUAAACUUAAUAUAAAAAUUGCCCCAAACCCCGGUGCUCAGCCUCAGGUACACUUCCAGAAUAAGAGACAGCUGGAUAAUAUCAGCUUAUAUGGCGGAAAUGAACACAAAGUAACGCCAUCUUUGAAGCAACAUAGAUAAAUAAAUCAACAUGGCAUGCUUCACCCCGGAGGAACCCACCCAAUCUUCUUGAUGGGCCAGGACAAAUGAACACGGUACUGUGGCUCCAGAUGUCGAUAAAUACCAGACAUUGUGUGAUGAGGCCAACCCUCAGUCAUCCAGCCAAAGUCCACAUCCUUGACGAUGACGACUGAGUACGCGUAUAUGAUGAGAGCAUUCGGCGUAAAGUUCUUUAGCAGCUCCAGAAACUUGGUAUCAUCGGCAACCGCAACAAACGAGUACCAGCCCAUGUCCCGCGCAUGCUUCUCCGGAAAGCCCUUGUCAUCGUAAGUUACCGAAUAGCACUGGGAUACGCCGUUGAUUAUUCUGAUGUACCGGUCGCGCAGCUCGCGGUUGCGGUACUCGCUGUCCAUGAUGUACUCGCGCAGCCGGCGAAAAGGCUCCGCCUCUGGCUUCCCCGAGGAGGUUGCGAGCAUGUUCAUGCACUUGACUGUCAGGGAGGCCAGGGCUCCAACGGGCCCGCGCUCCAGUCGCGCCCACUGCUCCUUGUCGUCGGGAAUGAUGGCGCGGGUGAGGACGGACCACUCAAGAAUAUGCUCGUUCUUCAUCUCGUGCGGCCCACCGCCCAUGGGUAACCAACUUUCGGGG